GAUUUGCUAAUAAACUAGUCAGUAUAUAAAAGCACAUGUCUCGUACAUAACAUCAGUCGAUGAAAUAAUCAUCAAUUAUGUCUCGCACUAGUUUCAUAUUACUUGUGGUUAUUGGAGUUCUUUGCAGCAUGACUGCUGCACAACAAUUCAAUUUGACAAACUAUUGUUCAGAACCAAACCCAGACUGGACCAAUUGUUCAAUAGCAUGUCUAUCUACUUGCACUUACGUGCCUAAAAUGCUCUGCAUUCUGCCAUGUGUGAUCGACUGUCAAUGCAACAUACAAGAACAAGAACUCGUCAAUUCAGAUGCUUCAUGUGUGCCUCCGUUAAAGUGUUAGAAAUUAAUCGAUAUAUUGAAGGAUGUAUUUUGCUGAUGUAUUUUGUUUAACACUUUAUGAUUCUUUGUUUCACUAACAUUUUUGUAAAAAUUUUAAUUAAAAAUCAUGUAUGUCAAUAUGACGGUAUUAACAUGUGUAUUAGUUAAUGUAAUAUAAUUGUUGUUUGCUUAUAUAUUUACUGAUUAAUAAUAAAUAAGCAGU